UCAAUCAUCUGUCUCUAUUCUCUGAUUCGUCUCUGUUUCGUGUACCAUUUCACAAUUUAAAGAAUAAUUUUAACUGGGUUUUCUAAGUAAAUCGAGAAAAUCUCAUCUUCAUCUUCAUCUUUUUGGUUCUCUCUGGCUCCUUUUCUUAUCUCUGUUUCAUAUCAACAGCAUUAUUUUCUUAUUUGGUUCUGGGUUUGAUAAUCUGACUUGUGGAAAUGGCAACACUUGCAUCGAAUGUCGUUUGUGUCGGAAAAGUAGGAGGGAGGUUGGAGAUAAACUGCAGAAAGAAGGAGAAAGGAAGAGAUCAGAGCAAUUAUCCUCCUUACAAAGUUAUUGAAAUCACUCCUCCUCCUAAAUCUCUCGGCAUUCGUUGCCUUCCUCAUAACCUUCAAUGUGGAGAGAAUGUUAUGAUCGAAGGGCAAACAUACACAAUCUCUGCGGUGACUCAUCGGUAUCAGCUCCGGAAAGGCAAGUACGAGCCGAGUGAGAGGCGGCUCGAUGUUCUCUCCGCCGCUAGAUACGUUUUAAACCUUUACUUCGACAAUUUACUCCAAAACUCUUGAUCUUUUAUUUAGCCAAAAAGUUUGGUCUAGAGAUUUUCAUUGUAUCCAUGAAUUCUUGUGAAUUUUCAAUCAAGGAUCUUGUACUUUUCUUAAUCGUUUCACAUAAUGAAAAAUAGUUACUUAUAGAAAUA